AUGGCACCCGUGCAAAACGGAAGCGGUAACUCACAAAACCUCCUGGCACCAACUAAGGAGCAGAUCACCACCCUCUGGUUCAUUGGAGGAUAUAUGGUCGGUAUUCUUCUCCUCUGGCAAAUGCCCUAUCUGAAGCACCUGUUGUAUCCAUUCAAGCUCGUAACGAUCGGUCUACACGAAUUCGGACAUGCUUGUAUGGCCUGUAUUAGUGGCGGGAAAGUCAAAUCCAUUACGGUGGAUCCAAAUCUUGGAGGGUUGACGACGUAUGUUGGGAACAGGAGAACACAAUGUCUGGCUUUGCCGGCAGGGUACUUGGGAAGCUCGCUCCUCGGUGGGAUCUUGGUGUUCUGCGGAUUCAAUGUGACGGCAUCCAAGGGCGCGGCGAUUAUGUUGAUCGUAUGUUUGGUACUGACGAUGUUCUGGGCGAGGAACCUGUUGGCGUUCGGGAUCUGCUUGUUCUUUGCGGGAAUUAUUGGACUCCUUUGGUGGCUCGAUGGUGGAAGGUACUUGAAGUACUUUACGCUGUUCCUUGGUGUUAUGAGCUGCAUUUACAGUAUCCUUGAGAUUUUGGAUAUGCUGGUACUGAGGAAGUCGAACGGAUCGGAUGCGGAGCAGUUUGCAGAGAAGUACGGCAUCUUCCCUGCGCAGGGAUGGGGAUUCAUCUGGUUGUUAGUGUCGCUGAUCUUUUUAGUGGGCUCAGUCCUUGCAGGUCUGGCGGCCUUCAAGGACGAUGGCGCCGGAAACUCAACAAAGUCUCCGUAG